AGGUAAAAUAUGGAAAUUAUGCGUUUGUAUGGGAUGCAGCUGUAUUGGAAUAUGUGGCUAUCAAUGACCCAGAUUGUUCAUUUUACACCAUUGGAAACACCGUUGCUGAUCGGGGAUAUGGAAUUGCAUUGCAACAUGGCAGUCCUUACAGGGAUGUUUUUUCACAAAGGAUCCUGGAGCUUCAGCAGAAUGGUGACAUGGACAUCCUGAAGCACAAAUGGUGGCCAAAGAAUGGCCAGUGUGACCUGUAUUCCUCAGUGGACACAAAGCAGAAAGGAGGCGCCCUGGACAUAAAGAGCUUUGCAGGAGUUUUUUGUAUCCUGGCUGCUGGAAUUGUCCUCUCCUGCUUUAUAGCUAUGCUGGAGACGUGGUGGAACAAGAGGAAAGGCUCCCGGGUCCCAUCAAAAGAGGAUGACAAGGAAAUUGACCUGGAGCACCUCCAUAGACGUGUAAAUAGCUUGUGCACAGAUGACGACAGCCCCCAUAAACAGUUUUCCACCUCGUCAAUUGACUUGACCCCUCUGGACAUUGACACUUUGCCAACACGACAAGCACUGGAGCAAAUCAGUGAUUUCAGGAACACUCAUAUUACCACAACAACCUUUAUCCCAGAGCAGAUCCAGACUCUUAGCCGCACACUAUCAGCUAAAGCUGCCUCUGGUUUCGCUUUUGGCAACGUGCCUGAGCACCGAACUGGCCCUUUUAGGCACAGGGCACCUAACGGGGGCUUUUUCAGGAGUCCUAUAAAAACAAUGUCAUCUAUUCCUUAUCAACCAACUCCUACCCUGGGGCUCAAUCUGGGUAAUGAUCCAGACCGAGGCACCUCCAUAUGAGCAUCAAACAGAAUCUCUUCACUGUUUCUUUUGUAGGACUCCCUUUGCAAGGAGCGACUGUAAUAUUGUGGGACUAACAUGGAUGUAACAUUAUUUUUUGAGAAAAAUCAGGAUUAUUAGUAACAAUUAUAGUUCUUUCUCGCCACCUUCUCCCUCUUCUCUCUCUUCUAUUUCUUUCUCCUUUGUCCUCUCUUUCUGUACAUUUCCCUCCACUUUUUUUCAUUACUCAACUUGUUCCCCCAGAAUAUAGUAUACUAGGAUCCUAUUAGUCCGCUUUUCAUAUACUGUACUUCAAGUAUAGGAAAUGUGCACUGAGUAUACUAAAAGCAUAUGCAGGAUUAAUUUCACAUAAAGGCCUCUUACGUAACAUUUCUCUAUUUUUAAAAAUAUAAUUGCAAUAACUUCAGUCUUUUUACAUUCUUCUGCUGCAUCCAUACAAUGCUCCACUGCUGUUGAGUGUCCUUUAACUGUGGACCAAAGGCAACCCCUGCAGUGUUUAUAAAAUAACUUAAAGACCAUUCAGGCCACAUAAUAUGAGAAUGCAAUUUUGUAGGAUUACAAAAAAAGCCAUUAAUAUGCCAGUCAAGACUACAGUUAAAACUACUCUCGCACUGCAACAGUGCAUAUGACCUUUAUGUGAUUGUACAGUAUUACAAGUUUUUUCUUAUGUACAGUACACUUUAUCAUAUGGCAGAAGCCUCUAUUGUGUUAAAUAAAUUAGUAUCUCAUAUAUAUAUACAUAUAUAUGCACCUAUAUAAUGUGUAUAUAUAUUAAAGGGCGGCCAUUGCUAUUGCAAUUCAUUUAAUAAAGCUUUAGUUUGAAAAAAAAAACAGUAUUGUAUACAGGAACUAUGUAUAGUGCAGGGGGUCUUUUCAGUUAGAAAAGGCAGGUUGCUUUAAUGUUAUUCUGACUCGCAUUGUUUGCCAACAGAGAAUAUUUUAUACUUUUGUUAUUAAAACAUCCAGGGCGAUUUACUAUUUGUUCCUAGAUGUAACUCAUUUGAAUAGGUUUUGCAUUUGUUAUUCAGCAGUGUAUAAAGCUAACCUUGAUAAUUUUACUUUUAAUUAAUUAUCUCAAUGGAAAAUGCUAUUAGCUGGACCACGUCCACAGCAGCACAUAGAGCUCUAUAAGAGUUUAAACGUAGAUCAUCGAAGGUUAAUAAAUCCUCUUCCAAAGCAGAAAGCCAAUCAAUACAACUGUAGUUGGGGAGAGGUGGGAGCCCUUAAGAAAUAUUGAUGUGGCCUUAAUUACUGUCCUACAUUAUCCUAAAGAAGAAAAUAUAAUGACCAUACCGGGCUCUCGACUUAACCCCCCUUUUUAUUCAGUUCUAUUUGGAGGAGUUAUGUAUUUUUUACAUUAGUGCCAAGUGUAUAGAAGGAUGACAGCAAAAACAGUGCCUCUUUGUGCACAACCCUUUUAAAGUAGCAUUCUUACCUGUUAGAACUAUAGAAUGAACUUUGUUUGUAAUCCUUACAUUAAAAUGUGGUAAGUAGGAAGCAAGAACUUAUCCUGUGUUUUUACGCAGCCAUACACUUAUUUUAAUCUAAUUCAUUCCGUAGCUAGGAUUGAUAUAGGAACCAACCUAUGUGAUUUGCUUUAGGAGAAAUUAAAAGGUAUAUUCUUAAGGUAUAUUAUAUUUUGAUGCUAAUUCUGUUCUGGGGAGCAUCUUGUACUGUCACUGUUUUUGUACUAAAUCUUCAAAUAUUGUCUACUGUGUAAGGCAGAAAAAUUUCUUAUCAUGCAAAAACCAUUUUGUUUCCAGGGUGACAAGUACCUAAGUGCAUGCACAACUUGUUUUCCCUUGUAACGUUCAUGAUCUCAUUCCCAACUCUGAUUUGAAAACAAAACAAAACAAAAUGAUACUUUACAACAAGCUAUAUAGGGGCAUACCAGAUGUUGCAGUGAUUUUUAGCUAUCGACAAACUGUUAACCAUGUACAAUAUUUAAAAUAGGCCUAUUUUGAUGUAUUGCCUAUUAUACAAAUACACAAGACACUUUUUGGAGGCCUCGGUUAUGAGUGGCAGAGCUUUCUGUGUAUAAUUUGUCUAAAUAAUUUGUCUAAUAAAAACGUUUUCUAAACUUGCUCUCA